AUGUUCCUCACCGGUUCUUGGUUCUGGCGCGGCUUCCAAUCAGCAAUAUUCUAUUACAUCUCUUGUGCUCCCUGUACGAAGCUGAAUUAUCGUCGGAAACGCCGAAAACAAUUGAAGCGUGAAAGGUCAGAAAGGGCGCUACAUGAAGCCGAGGAAGGUUUCCAGCAGCAUCCUUCUCCAUUCAGCACCAAUCCUUACUGGAAGGAAGAGAUAUCGCUUGGCCCAGGUCCACCGCAAAGGAAAGCAAAUAGGGAUGGAAAGGGCAGGCCUAAAGAUAGCAGGGGAUUGCGGACUUGGGGAGCAGGGAGCAGUACGGAGACUGGCGCGAGUAGUGCAGAUACAGUGGUCGGAGAGGAGGGCGGUGAGAAGAUAAGAGAUAGCGGAGAAGGUUGGAAUAAGAGGAGGUAUCAGCGGGAGGAUGAGAUACUUUGGGGAAAGGAAGAGAAGGAGGGCAAACCGACGGGAAUGUCGCUUUCGAGGUCGGCCAGCGGCAAUGCGAGCUAUUACCAGGCAAGGAACCCGGCGGUCAACGACCUGCAUCCGCCCGUUGUGAGCACUCAGCCGACGAACCGAAGUGAAACGCAAUGGAUGCUGCAGCCACCGCCAAAAGCGAAGAUCAUGGAAGGAAAGGAGAGAGCAAGUUCGCCCAACAGAAGCAGGAGCGGAAGUGGUGCUAGCAAGGACAGCAAGACCAGUGGGAAGAAGCCCGAAAGCCUGGGUCGUCAGGUUGGCGAACGUCUGAUGGAAUCGAAGCUCAAGCGGGGAGACAAUCCAGCAGCAGCUUCGUCUUCUGUGGCUAUGAGCAGGGUCUCUUCAGCCAGAAGCACUGCUUCAUCGAUAAAAAUCGCCCCGGGCCAACCGCACGACAGAGAUCCGCCGUUUCCUCUCUCCCAGCCAUCAUUCGAGUCAAUGAACCGCAAACCUCCGCCCCCACCAAUCAGCAUCUCCUCUGAACCUUUCCUUCUUCCACCACCUGCUGUUCGCCCACCAUUGUCGACCAUACCGUCAGCUUCUCUACCUCAAAAGCCAAAGGACCGACCACCACACCUUCGUCCUUUGCUUAUCUCAACCAACAGCGCCUCAUCCCUUCAAGUCCUGCAAGAACUCGUCGCACCGGCCACUCAACUCAACAUCAUCAAGUCUGCGUCUGCUGCCAUACCAGAUGCUGCCGUAAGUGUGAAGCUCCCGCCCGUGAGCCAUCAAGAAGAUGCGGAUUUGCGGCUGCCGGAAGUGGAGAGCUGGUUUCCGGAGAGUGGAUGGAGCUUUCCUUCAAAGUCGGCGCCGGUGCCUGGACAGAGAUGGAGCAUGGAAACCUAG